GCUCUGUAUUGUUUUGCAGGCAGCUGAGACUUACUGGCAGCUUCUACGCCGUUCUCUGCCGGGACACACACACACACAAGUGGAGUUCCAGCCAUGAUCUCUGAACCUUCAUCACUACUUUCAUCUGUUUUUGUUCUCUUGAUGAUACUAAAGACCUCUGCUUUAGACAAAUACAUUGCAGCAGUGUAUGAGCAUUCAGUCAUACUGUCAGAGGCUACCCAAAAACCUGUUUCUUCAGAAGAGGCCUUAAAAUUGAUGAACAAAAACAUGGAUAUUUUGGAAGAAGCCAUCCAAACAGCAGCCACUCAGGGGGCACACAUCAUUGUGACUCCUGAAGAUGGCAUCUAUGGCUUUAAUUUUACCCGAGAAACUCUUUACCCCUACCUUGAAGAUAUUCCAGAUCCACAAGCCAAUUGGAUUCCAUGUGAUGACUCACAAAGAUUUGGACCUGCCCCAGUGCAAGAAAGACUCAGCUGUCUGGCAAGGGACAAUUCCAUCUACGUGGUUGCUAAUAUUGGAGACAAGAAGCAAUGUGAUUACAUGGAUCCCAAAUGUCCCAGUGAUGGUCACUAUCAGUAUAACACAAAUGUUGUAUUUGAUUCAGAUGGGAAACUGGUGGCACGUUACCAUAAGUACAAUCUCUUUAAGACUGAAGUCCAGUUUGAUUUUCCUAAAAAGCCUGAGCUUGUGACCUUCAACACUUCCUUUGGGAAAUUUGGUAUUUUCACAUGCUUUGACAUACUGUUUCAUGACCCUGCUGUGACCCUGGUGAGCAAACUCAAGGUGGACACCAUCCUCUUCCCUACUGCUUGGAUGAAUGUUCUUCCACAUUUAACUGCUGUUGAAUUCCAUUCAGCAUGGGCUGUGGGCAUGCAGGUCAAUUUGCUGUCAGCCAAUACUCAUAAAACUGGAAUGAACAUGACGGGAAGUGGUAUCUAUGCCCCAGAUGGAUCCCAUGCAUAUCAUUAUGAUGUGGAAUCUGAGAAUGGCACACUUCUGAUCUCAGAACUCAAUUCCCGCCCUUCUGUUUCUCCUACUUACCUUCCUAUGGUUAACUGGAGCUUGUAUGCCUCAAAUAUAAAACCUUUCCCUGAGGACCGUAAUUUCAGAGGACUCAUUUUCUUUGAUGAAUUCACUUUCUCUAAGCUCAAGAGCCAAGCAGGCAACCUUACAGUGUGCCAGAAAGAUCUCUGCUGCCAUUUGAGCUACAGGAUGAUUGAGCAGCGAGAAGAUGAAGUUUAUGUGCUGGGUGCAUUUGAUGGCCUUCAUGUGGUCGAAGGAGAAUAUUACUUACAGAUAUGUACAUUGCUGAAGUGUAAAAAUACUGACUUGCAAACAUGUGGAGAGUCAGUGACUACUGCUCACACCCAUUUUGGAUCUUUUUCUCUCAGUGGCACAUUUAGCACUAACUAUGUCUUCCCAGAAGUUCUUCUAAGUGGAGUUCAGCUGGCACCUCGAGGGAUUCAGGUUUUGAAUGAUGGGCAGCUGAUUAGUCAGAAUGGUACAUCAAAGCCAAUAUUAACAGUGACACUGUUUGGGAGGUGGUACGAGAAAGAUCCACCCCAUCCAGCACAGGUUCCUCUGAGAGGCUAUGGACAAAAUAUGUCAGCAUUGUCAUUACAAUAUUUUCUUGUUUUCCUGUUAUUCAUUCAUACUGUACUUUAAUUCAUGAAUUUUGUAUUAUCUUGAAACAUUACUCCUUUUUCUAAUUGUGGCAUAGUUAAGAUUGCUCUAUCCGACUGUAAUGAUCCUAUUCGCACCAUAGUUCUCUGUCAAGUCCAAAAGAACAUGCCCUAGAAGCUCAUUCUCAUUAAAAAAAGAGAUCAAUUCAGUUGCCCUGUAUUCAAAGCAGUUCAGUUCUUUUCAUUUUCUCGUUCUUAACAUGUUUCUUCUACAUUCAGUUUUGUCACAGGGCAAGGCUACCUUAUUGUAUAUCAUGCACAAGCCUUUAUCAAAGAAGGAUGAGUAAGAAUCAUCUUCAGGUGAUACAGAAUUUGAAUGUGAAAUUGUGUUGUAUGCAUGCACUCCACAGGAUCCAGGCCAUUGUGAUUUUAGUAUUCAAAACUGUCAUUUGAAAGGCUAUCGGUGCAACAUUGAUAACACAUAGCUGUUUAUUGGUAAUGUACAGGGCUUUUUUUCUGGGAAAAGAGGUGGUGGAACU